CCAGAUUGAAAUUCAAAUGAAGUUUGACGGAGCGCACAAUAGGGUAUGAAUCAUCAGAGGGGAGCGUCUGUGAUGUUGAAAAAGAGGAGAGAGAGUGAGAGCGGCUCCAGCUUAGGACCUCAAUAAGGAUCGGUAUCAGACGAUCUGGACUGGUAUCAGAUUAAACGUGGUGAUCUCUGCCUAAUGUUGUAUAACAGACCUGUCUGCUCCAACUCUGCAGGAGUCCAUGUCACCUGGACACACCUGAGAGACCAAGUCUGACUGGAGGAUAGACCGCAGAAGCUCCACUCCGCAGCUUUAACAAUCUCACGUUGGUUAUAGAGUUUGAUGAAUACAUGAAUUUUUGGUUUCAUUUCUUCAGAUUCAGCUUGUGCAGACAUGAUCUUGACUCAGACUCAAGUUUUAUUGUCUUGUGUGCAUGUUGUUACACCUGCACACGAGCUAUUAUCUACUGUGUUCUGUUAAAAUAACUCAAAUAAUCUUGCACCCUUCCACACAAGAUAUCGAUCUUAAUCUUACAUGAAAAUAUCUUGUGUGCACUAUAUAAAUAUCUAAUAAGUGUCAUUUUUUUAUUUACUGAUUUCUUUUAACCUUUCUAUUUUAAAACACACUUCUAUUAGCCUCUUUUUGCUGUCUUCUGUGUUCUGCUGCACAAAUAUGUUUGCAGUUUCUGAACCUAAACUUUGUGGCUGAUAGCUCCAAACUUUCCGGACUACCAAGCCUUUAACAGGAUCUUCAUAUGUCAACAGAUAACUUCCAGAUUUUCAUCAACUUCAGCUCAGGAAAAAAGACCAGUGAUGGUGAGUAAGAAAUAACAGAAAGAAUGGCAAUCCUUCGAUUUCAAAACUUCCUCCAUUUUUGGCACAUUUGCGCCCAGAGGGGAAACUCGCUGCAAACGUCAAUGACCCCGAUGCACUGAAGACCGUUUGUAGGGGAACAGAGACAGGAAACCAGACCUGAUAUGACUAAGGGGAACAAAAGUUCAUGUUGAGGUUUCUCUGAAUAGGGCUCAAGUCUGAUCUCUCCUCUGACAGUUGGAUUAACUAACAUUCCCCAAUAUUUUUGCUUUCUUUAAGCCUUCAUGAAAAGUCAGAGUUUCAGACGUGUAUUCAGUUGUAUUUGGUAGAAAAGGAUCUGAAAAUCAUUGUACUCUGUUUUAAACAACAUCCUAACUCCUCUGGACCUGGGGUUAGUAAAACAGAUGCUGAGAGGGUCACAAUUCAGUGAUCUAUAAUCUUAACCAAGAUUGAAACCACUAAUAGGAUAAAAGAUUUUCAUCACUGGUGAUACCUAAAUUUGGUUUAUCUACAGAAUCUGUUUUCAGAAACUGAUUUGUUGCACUAAUAUCUUAACACAUGAUUAGUUUGCUAAAUGUGAUUUCAUGUUACACAGCACUUCUUGUUUUUCUGUCCACUCUGUUCUAGUACUCAUGUGGUAAAUGUGUGACGUGGUUUUUGAAAGUUAACCUCACAGGAACUUCCUCCUGUCAGAGACAUAAAUACACUGAGGCGUCAGAAAUCACUUUAUUUAUCCCUCUAACAGGUGAAUAACGGACUUCUUUUCAUUUAUGACAGGUGAGUUUUUUCUUGUAGAUUAAUAUUUAACAUAUUCAGUUUGUUGAGAAAAGCCUAACUUCACUUGAAUAAAAAAAAUGUUUUAUUAAUUUUUUUUUUAAAUAGUUUUAUUAAUUUUUAAAAGGCUGUUUUUUUUUUUGCAAAAGUUAAGUUUAAGUUCUCUUUUAAUUAUUUUUUUUUGGGGGGGGCAAAAACAAAAUUUUAAAUUGCUGUUAUAACAUUUAAAAUGUGAUUUCAAGUCUGUUUUUUUCAUAUUUUAAAGCUGUGCUGCAGUGACAACAGCUCCAUUAAAUGUUCACUUUUUGCUCAGACUUUUACUGGUUUGAUAAUUUUAUCUUGUUUUUUUUUUUUUACUUUUUAAUGACAUAGAUUAAAGUGCAUAAAGCUGCUUCUUUUCUCUGUUAUGCAGACGAGAACUUCUGUGAUGUGUAGAGAAGGGACUCUGAACUAACCUACUCUGCUUUUUCUUUGUCCUCAAAGAUUUUCUUCAUCAGAGAAAAGGAGAAGAAGGAAAAAAGGGGAAGCAAUAAACCUCCCAAAUCUGAAAACAAGUCUUGGAGUGGUCACACUCGAACCCUCAGCUGUUUCAGUUCCAGUGUCCUAUCAGAGCUUUGGGACUAAUUCAAGUUUAAACUCAGAUUCCCCAAAAUGUCUUUGGAGCUGAGUGGAAAUUUUACUGAGUCAAACUGGACGACACCAGUGCCUGGUGGUGGAGGUGGUCCAGGUGGUAGAGGGGGAUGCCCACCUGUUGGUAUCCAACUGGAGGGUUUGAUUCUGCCCCCAGUCCUCACCAUUGACGUCAUACUGGGGUUGCUGGGAAAUGUAGUUGCCCUGUGGAUCUUCUGCUUCAAACUGAAAAGCUGGAACCCAAACACCCUGUUCUUGUUUAACCUGGUCAUCGCAGACUUCUUCGCUCUUCUGAGUUUGCCGCUCAGAAUUGAUGCCUUGCUCAGGGGUCAUUGGGUGUUUGGAGAUGGCAUGUGCCGGAUCAAUCUCUUCCUGAUGUUUUCAAACCGGUCGGCCAGCAUCGCACUUAUGACUGUGGUGGCAAUCUAUCGCUACUUUAAGGUAAGGAACUGAGGUAUCUUUGUAUUUCAUUGGGGCUUCAAAUGGUUAACAAAGAGUCAGUCAGACAGUCAGUCAGUCUAUAACCAUUUUACAUGGCGUCCUGACUUUUGGAGCUAAAUAAGGGUUAUAUGUGUAGAUGAUUCCAGUUGGCUGAUUGAAUCUCCACCCCCUCCUGCCACAGGUGGUCCACCCUCACCAUCGCUUCAACCGCAUGACAAAGCGUCAGGCUGCCUUUGUGUCCCUGUUUGUCUGGAUUCUGGUCAUCAGUCCUCGGGUUCCCAUGCUGGCUUACAACCACAUCAAGGGCAGCGGCGACAAGACCCAGUGUUUCUUCUUCACCUCCUACAAAGAGGCGUCACGGGCCAUUAUUAUUCUGGUCGCCAUGCAUCGUAUCCUGACUGUGCUGGAGUUCAUAGUACCAUUCGGCAUGCUAAUCUUCUGCUCUGCUCGGAUCUCCUGCUUCCUGCGAAAGCGUCAGAUUGGAAAACCCGACAAGGUGCGGAAAGCGAUGCGAGUGUGCGCUGCCAUCGUGGCGGUUUUCAUGGUGUGCUUCUUACCCACCACAGUGACCACCAUUGGGAUAUGGGUCAUCCGCUCAUUCCGGCCAUGGGACUGCACCUCCUUCUACACCUUCACCCAGCUCACCAUUGUGUCUCUGGGUCUGAACUUCCUAAACUCAGCUCUGGAUCCCAUCAUCUAUGUUUUCUCCAGCUCCAUGUUCAGGAAAGCCCUCUGCAGCUCGCUGCCCCGUGCCUUGCGCUGUAUGAUGGACGCAGGUGAUGGAAAGGAGGCAUCCUCGACAGAGAGUCAGUCAACCACUCAGCAGGAACUGAAAUCGAUAAGAGACGACAGAAGAAGUGAAGCUCUGUAACAAACCUGUGCCAAGAGCAGUGUCUGCUCUUUUUACCUCAAGUUUUAGUUUUGUUUUCAUAUCGCUUUGACUGCUUUUUCAACACUUUUUAAAAACACCUCAUUGUACUUAAGAUAAUUUAUAGUCACAUAUACUGUAAGGCCUCAAAACUCUCACAAAGCUCAGAGGAGUAUUGUCCAAAUCCAAGUCCUCUUUAUUACAACUGCACAAAGCUCUAACCUUUGAAUGAGUUACAACUGUGCACUGCACACCAUGACUGCCAUAAUAAAUUAAGAUAACUACAGUUGUUUUUAACAGCACUAAAAUCUGCAUGUACUGUAUAUAUUCAUAAAACAUCUGUCAGGAGAAAAGAAAGGCUCUUUCAGCUGAACAACGCUGCCCCCAACAGGAAGAAAAGCCAGUCUAACAACCAACCCUUGUAUCAUGAUCCUAACUGACUCAUCUUUGAUACUCUCUGCAUCCAUUAACAAGAAUGUGCAGGUGUGUCUUCAUGUGUCUUUGCAGGUUGGUGCU